AUGUCCCCCGAACAAACCGCCGAGUACAUCGCCCGCUUCCGCAAUCGCAUUGCGACAAUCCGCCAGAACGUCACAGUCACAUCUCUCAAAGGCAGGAUAACACACUCCAUACACCGUCGAGAUAGUCUGGGCCGCCGGGGAGAGAACGCCCGUCUAGCCCUCUCUGCAUCGCUAGGUCUAUAUUACACAGGCGUGGAAAAGUCAGAGGAAGACUUGAGAGAUCUAAGUCCCGUGGACUGGGAUGAUGGGGAUAACAACGAUGGGGACGAUGACGAUGAGGGGGAUGAAGGCGAUGUAGAUUGUGAUGGCCGGUCCGAUAGCAUGGAGCCUUUACGCGAUUCUGAUCGUGAAGACAUUACAAACGGCUAUUGGGACGGGCAAUGGGAUUUGGAUAUGGAUAGGGAAGAAGAGCGGUUGAGGGAUGCAGAGCACCGGAUUGCGGAAGAGAGGUCGUCGAAUGGAAAUGGGGAUGUAGAGGGUGGACAGUAUGUUGCGUAUCAUAGCAUGAAUAGUAGGGCGGCGAGGAGGAUGAGGCUGGAUGAGGUGGAGAGGAUGUAUCGGAGUGGGGGGAGGUAUUCUACGGUUGGUAAGAAGAAGGGCCGCGAGUUGCAGAGUUUGCUGCAGAAUCUCAGGCCUGAGGAGUGGAACGACGAAGCGCCAAUUGAAGACCCACCUCAAUCCGCUGCCCAAGACGAAGAGAACGAAUACGAAGAAUUACCCCAACCCACUACCCAAGAAGACCAAGAGCAAGACUCCAUCUCCCUCCCAUCAAAUCCCUACCCCGAAGACGACUUCCUCCUCCCCUUAACCCGACAACCAGCCCGCACAACGCCUCCCCCGCCCCUCUCCUCGCCAGCUAACUUCAUCAUCAACCCAAACUCCUCAACCGAACUAUCCGUACCAUCGAACCCUUACCCAGAAGACGCACCAUCACCAACCCCCUCCUUCCAGCCCCCUCCACCACCAUCUCGACCCACACAAUCCCCUUCCCCAUUCCACCGCGCUGCAACACCACCUACUCCCCACUCUCGCUUCGCAAUUUACCUUUGCGAUCGGACUAUUUCGCCUAUUGCGCCGUUUACUGCGAGUCGGCAUCUGAUUUCUGCUGCGGGAUCGAAGUCGACACAGAGUUACCAGUCGGAACCACUCCAACAACAGGGACAUGGCUACAACGAUAAUGACGAUGUAGAAGAGGAGUAUGCACCUAAUCAUCCCUACCACGGUAUGAGUGCCCAAGAAACGAGCGAGUACUGGUAUGGGCUCGAGGGGUAUCAAACGGAGAGUGAGAGGAAUUUGAGGAGAAGAGGGGAAGGGAGGGGAAGAAGACGUGCGGUUUCUUCACCUGUUCAGUACAACGCGGAUCGUGCUUUUGGUUCUGUGGGGGAGAAUCAUCAGGGUGAUGAAGGGGAGGGCGGGGAGCGGGAGGAUGAGGUUAGGCGACGAUACCUGGAUGGGUUGAGUGAUGAAGCGAGGGUGAGGGCAGAGGAGGAAAAAGAGGAGGAGUUUGCUAUGAGGACCGGAGCGGAAGAGACUAACGCGAAGAGGAAGGACAUGAUGGGGAGGCUUCUAAGUACCUUUGCGUGUCGACCUGGAACUGUUACACCGACGUGUACUGCAGUCCCCAUUCCAAACGACACAGACGCAACGACUACUCCCACAGUAUCCAAAACACCAAGGAAAUACGGCAUGACCUAUCUGUCCCACAAGAUAGGCCGAACACAAAAGAGAGAAGAGGAAGCAAGACUACGAGAAAGACUCAUGGCUAUCCAACUGCACGCAAGCGCUGAGACGCGAACUCAACACAUCGAAGACAUCAACACCCCUACAGAAGUCCCCGUACUCAUACCCAAAGCAAAGAGAAGAAAGGACAGCACACAGCCCAAUCCACCCUCUCUUGUCCCAAAUCUGGAAAGCCGCACUCAAAGCAUCAUAGGUCCGCCUGUUGAUCUCUCACAGAUGAUUCAGCGGGCACCGGAGAGUAUUAGGGCGCCUACUCCUGUACCAAAAGCGAAUACGGACGUUGAGGGAGUUGAAGAGGAUGGGAAGCAUGGACCCAGACAAAAACAUUCAGGUUCGAGUCUCUCUGACCGCCUACGACAGACGCAGCUUGAAGAUCUUCCUCUGCAAUCCGAUGCAGCACAGGAGAUACGGAAUCUGAUGAUGGCGCUUGAACGGGAUCAGGGGGAGGCAGCUAGUACACCGACUCAGCAUAGCGACAUAGCACCCCACGAUCCCAACCCAAACACAACAUCUCUUCAACAAGCAGACGAACUACCCGGUGGUUUUUCGAUCUCAUCCCAACAUUCCAGCCUCUCCCCCCACGAAACCCUCGAAAGACACUUCCGCACCCAACGUCAAGUCAAUGAGCGUUAUACCCGGCGGAUCCGCCCGACGACGUCGCACUCGAGUAGUCUCACUCUGCCGGAGGGGCAUGGUGGUGUCAGGGGUGUGCUAAGGAUUACUAAUAUGGUGAUACAGGGAGAAGGGGAGGAGGAGGAGAACAUUGGAGGAUUUGGAGAGGAGGAUGAGGGAUGUGAGCGGGACGAGGGAUGUGAGGAGGUUGGGGCUGAGGUUGGGGUCGAUGAUAGCAAUAAUGAUGGUGCGAAUAGUGUUAUUGAAAACCAGCAAGCUAGCAUCGAUGAGGUGGAAACAGAUGCAGAAGAAAAAAAGGGGAGUCUUUGCUCCAAGACAAUCAGGACAAGGAGGGCGAGAAUGAUGUACCAGAGGCCGGAUGAGCAAUGCGAUACUCAGAUCAUGCUAUGA